AUGGCGCGCAUUCUUAUCACAGGCUCUUCCGACGGUCUCGGAUCAGCCGUCGCCAAACGUCUCGUCGCAAAUGGACAUUCUGUUGUUCUGCAUGCGCGUAACGCUCAACGUGCAAAGGACGCCACGACAGCUUGUCCUGGGGCUGACACAGUCGUGACGGGCGACUUGUCCAGCCUUGCAGAGACCAAGAACAUGGCAAACGAAGUCAAUAAGCUGGGAGCGUUCGACUGCGUGAUUCACAACGCCGGACUUUAUCAAGGCCCAUUCCGCAAGACAAGCGAGGGGAUUCCUGCCUUGGCGGCCGUCAACACUGUAGCGCCAUAUGUGCUUACCGCACUCAUCACCCGUCCCAAGCGCUUGGUAUUUCUCUCUUCCGAGAUGCAUCAGUCAGGUUCUCCUACUUUGGACGACGUCCUUUGGCAGAAACGCAGCGAAGGCCAAUACAGCGCGAAUGCUGCCUACUGCGCGAGCAAGCUUCACAACGUCUUGCUUGCCAAAGCUUUCGCCCGCAGAUGGCCUGACGUGAAGAGCAAUGCAUUGGAUCCUGGCUGGGUGGCUACCAAGAUGGGUGGCAGUUCGGCGCCAGGCAGCGUUGAUGCGGCGGUCGAAAGUUACGUUAUGCUUGCUGAGGGAGAGGAAGAGAAGGCCAAAAUGAGCGGGUGCUAUUUCCAUCCGAACAAGCGACAAGGCACACCCCAUAAGGCAACAGAGGAUGAGAAGGCUCAGGACAAGCUGCUGGAGAUCUGCGCUGAGUUCUCUGGUGUGGAGCUUCCAUGA